AAUUGAAUGAAACUGUUAAUAAGUGUGGAAUUACCACACAAGAACAGUCAUGUUUCAUUUUUAAUUGUGAUGAGAGUGGUUUCAACACCGAUCCAAUGAGAGUAAGAGCCAUUGGGGAAAGAGGCACUCCUCUUACAAGGGUUGUAGGUGGAUCAGGGAGAGAGUCUAUCACGGUAUUAGCUACAGUAUCAGCUGAUGGGGGAUAUUUGCCCCCAUUCAUCGUGUACAAAGGUGUCUCUGUCCAGGCUAGGUGGGUUUCCCCCAAUCCAUAUCCUGGAACUUUAUACUCAGCAUCAAGCAAUGGGUGGAUGGAGGAACCUCAGUUCUUUGAAUGGUUUUGCAAUGGGUUUGUGCACCAUGUUACAAGCCUGAGGGUCAGUAAAAACUGCCCUGAUCAGAAAGCCAUUUUGCUGUAUGAUGGUCAUGCGAGUCAUAUUAGUUAUAGAAUAAUCAAAACGGCAAUGGAAAACAAAAUCGAACUCAUAAAGAUGCCAAGUCAUCUUACAGAUAAAAUACAGCCACUGGAUAAAUGUGUUUUUGGGCCGGUAAAAAACUGUUGGGAAAGAAAAUUAAUUAGUUUUGGGAAAAAACAGAUUGAGAAGCAAGGGAACUGUCGAAUUUCUAAGUCAGAGUUUGCCACCCUUAUUGGUGAAGUGUGGAAAGAAGCAAUGAUAAGUAAAAACAUUGUUUCAGGCUUUACCUCUACUGGAUUAUUUCCAGUCAAUGCUUGUAAAUUCCCUGAAAGUGCCUUUAACCCCCAGGAUCUUGCAAAUUACAAAAGAAGCAGAGCCUUAGUUCCCAUGCAGCCCAAUCAGAGUAUUCAACCAACCCCUACCAAUCAGGAUUUAACACCUGUCCAAGAACAUAUUGUGGACAGGCCUACUGAAACAAAUAUACCUAAUGUGUCGGAAACCCCGAAAAAGACACCACAACAAAAUAAAAGAGUUACUCCUAACACACCUACAGGCAUAAUAGAAAUAUUUACAACAUCUAUGAUCAAAACCCAUCGGAUUGCUGAACAAACUCAUGCAAAUCCUUUAGUAAAAAAAGAUCGUAAAAUCCCAAGGUUGAAACCUGAACGUUAUGGGGAAGUUCUGACGACAGAGGAGGUACUUGCUAAAGUUAAAGAAACCGAAGAUAAAAAGGAACUUGAGAAUAAAAUCAAGGAAGAAAAGAAGCUCCAAAAAAUUAAAAAUAAAGGUGAAACGAAAAAACAAAAUUUGAAAAGAAAACUUGAUUUUGAUAGCAAAAAUCAGAAGUCAAAGAAAAAGGAAGAUGAAAUAACUAAAGACAUUUCAGACGAUGACCUUGAGGCUCUAAAAAUAUCAGUUAUGAGAGAGAACACUAUUGAAGUGGAAUAUGAAGAGCCAAGUUGGAUAAAAUUGACACCGGGAACAUUUAUUUUGGUAGAUUUUAUUGGAGGUUCCAGGAAUACAACCCACUACAAGUAUGUAUGCUGUAUUCAAGAUAAAGAUGAUGAUGAUGGAGAGAUACGCGUUGCAGGGUACAGGAGGUUUGAUGAAAUAUCUACUCAGUUUAUUGUCAAGGACAAUGAUGUCAGUAUCAUUAAUUUUGAUCAAAUUUUAGCUAUUUUACCUGAACCUGUCUUUAAAGAGGUUGAUAGAAAAGUUGUCUUUGAAUUUAAGGGGUGUGUAUCAGUUUAUGAAAAGUAAAAGACUCUGUAACUGAAAUUAAUAGUAAUGUGUAAGGGUUUAAAGGAUUUUUUAAGUCUUAGUUUCUUUGUAACAAUGUGAAUAGUCACUGAUAAUAUUAUGUUUAACUUUAAGUCUUAGAUUCUUUGUGACAAUGUGAAUAGUCACUGAUGAUUAUGUUUAACUUUGAAUUUGAAUUUAGGCUAAAGGAGUGUGUAUCAGUUUAUGAAAAGUAAAAGACUGUAACUGAAAUAAAU